AUGGAAAAGAAUAAAACGAAAAUACAGGGAUUUGACAUGUCAAAUUAUAGAACAGGGCUGUCCAGCAUUAGAGCCGUGAGUGCGUUUUACAACUUAGAAGUCAGUAUUACGUCGGCCUGUAUAACCGACGUCGGCGAAGCUGGAGGACUGCGGCUGCCUCGGAUGAAGAGUCGCGAAUCUCCACCUGGUGAAUCCAAAGUACUGCGGGUGACGAACUGGACUACAUCCACACCUCGCAACAGCUCGCGCAUCGGCGCCAUGAUCGUGGUGUGUGGCCGUGGCGCUGAUCGUGUCGCUGCGCGCCGCAGUUCGGCUGGAAGCGACCGCGAAUACCCUGGACCGCAUCAACCUGCAGCAGCGCUGCCUGGUCGAGCCAGGACAUCGCGUACCAGGGUUCGCUCACCUGCUCUACUGCUUCUACGUGCGCUGCUCGUCAUCCUACGGCGCCGCCAAACGCAUUCACCGGCUCCGCCAGCACGGUCCCACCAGCUCACCGACCACGCCUUCCGCCGCCGCCCUCGGCAGCACCAACAACAACGCGCCUCGGCGCGCGCGGGCGACGCCCGGGCCGGCGGCGCGUCCGCCACCCGCCGCUUCCUCUCCAAACGCCGCUUCCACCGCAUCAAGUCUCCCAGCAAGAAGUCCUCCGCGGCGGAGGCGCUCGUCUCCUCGCUGGUGAUGGUCGAGGGCCAGUCCACGGCGUCCGUGGACGCCGUCGGGGACGACGAGGAGACCACCAAGGCGUCUUCGGACAACGGCGUGGGCGGCGACGCCAAGGACGAGCAGCACGCCGCCGCAGGAGUGGUCACGACGGCCUUCACCAUCUCCAAGAGCGUGGAGCAGACGGGCGCCGUCGGCGUCAGGCUGCUGGAGGGCGGGGACGGCGUGGCCGUGGCGGUGCUCGCCACCUCCAACAACGUGUCUCCGGAGAAGUCCUCCACCGCCACCACCACCAACAACGGAUCCGCCAGCCACCAGAGCCAUAUGAGCGACAUGAGCCGCGUCGAGAUCCUGCAGAAGGACGCCGUCAUCCAGAAGGACGGCAGCGCCGGCACCGCUCCCGAGAAAUCCGUCGCGACGAUCCACAGGAGGGAUAAGAAGGAGAGUCUAGAGGCCAAGCGCGAGCGAAAGGCUGCCAAGACGUUGGCCAUCAUCACUGGAGCCUUCGUUCUUUUGAGUACGUGGAGUUUUUGGGCAACUAAGCACCUGGAGAUUCUGGGAUUGCGAGAGGGCGCCUCGUACCUGGAAGUCCUUCCACGGCAACAGCUGCUGGACGUCCGCGCCCAGCGCGCGCAGCUGCUCGCCCAGCUGGUCGUGGUACUCGCGCAGCAGCGAGUGGGCGUGCUCCCGCCGGAAGGCGCGCGUGCCCACCACGUACAGGAACUGCCUGUUCAUUCAACGAAGCUACAGCAAGCGUCGCAUACGCACCAGAAGAAAUGUUGA